AUGGAAAAUACGCAUUUACAGGAGGAGAUGACGUUGUCGAAGUUGAGACUGACCGUAAUGUUUACAACGUGGGAGCAUCCAAGCCGAUCAUCAGCUGCAGAGCGAGAAAUUAUUCGCAAACAGGUCGAAGAAUGGUUGCAGCAGGGCAUUAUACGUGAAUACAGCUCGGACGUGGCAAGUAAAGUUGUGCUAGCAAAGAAAAAGGAUAAAUCAUAUCGGCUGUCCAUAGACUACCGUAUUUUGAAUACAAUGGUAUUAAAGGACCGAUUUCCAGUUCCACUCAUAGACAAAGUGUUUGACAAGAUGCAAGAGCUGUUGAAAAAGGAUGCCGUUUUCAAGAUAGAAGGAGCACAGAAGCAAGCAGUAGAACAACUCAGAGCAGCAUUACAAGAAGAACCAGUCAAAAAGAUUUGGAGCCAGAGCGCUAAAACACAAUUGCAUGUAGAUGCAUCGAAACAUGGAUUCGGAGGAACAUUGCUGCAGCAGAAUGAUGGCAAGUGGCACCCCGUUUUCUACUGGAGUAAGAAAACAACGCCACAAGAGGAAAAGUUGACCAGUUACGUACUUGAGGUAAAAGCAGCGUACUUAGCAACGAAGAGACUUCGACAUUACCUGUUGGGUGUACAGUUCGACUUGGUAACAGAUUGUGCGGCAUUUAAGCAGACGAUUUCCAAAAAAGAUAUCCCUCGAGAAGUUACGCCGUGGUUGAUGUACCUACAAGACUUUAUCUUCAAUGCAGAGCAUCGCGCAGGAACCAGAAUGCAACAUGUCGAUAGUCUGAGUCGUUUUCCUGUGAUGAUCGUAACAUCAGAAGUUCACACACAGAUCAAAAAGGCGCAGCAGAAUGAUGAACACCUAAUAGCUGUCAGGGAAUUAUUAAAGCAGAAUCCUUAUGCAGAUUAUGUUGUCAAAAACAGUAUAAUUUACAAGCAAUCGACCGGCGCAGAAGAAGUUAUCAAACACUUGGAAUCUUGGGUUACAAUAUUCGGCAGUCCUCACAGAAUUAUAAGCGAUAAGGGAGCUGCGUUUACAUCUCACUCUUUUAAAGAAUUUUGCAGCAACAACAGGACCGACCACAUCGAGACGACUGCAGGUGUGCCAAGGGGCAAUGGCCAGAUCGAACGGGUCAACAGAGUUAUCAUUUCAGUUCUCUCAAAGAUGUCAGCAGCAGAGCCAGCAAAGUGGUGUAAGUACACAUUGCAAGUGCAGCAGGCCAUAAACGCACACGUCCACGCUUCAACUAGUUUCACGCCUUUUGAAGUUAUGUUUGGCAAACGUAUGAGAAACAACUCCAGUCCUGAGCUUUUGAGGAUCCUUCAAGAUGAGAUGCUGGUAAACUUGCAAGACGAACGCAAUCAAAUCUGGCAGGAAGCUAGAUUACAAAUCAAAAAAGCUCAAGACAACUACAAGAAAAAUUACGACAAGAAGAGAAAGAAUCAUCAUGGUUUCCAGCUGGGAGAUCUAGUAGCCAUCAAGAUGACCCAGUUUAUAGCCGGAAGAAAGUUGGCCAAAAAAUACAUUGGUCCAUAUGAAGUCAUUCAGGUAAAACGCAACAGCAGAUACGACGUCAAGAAGGCAGCCGACUUUGAGGGUCCAUUACAUACAUCUACUAGCGCUGAUUUCAUGAAGCUGUGGCGCUAUGCUCAUUUAGAAGAAGAUGACUGA